AUGAACGCUGCGCGCCAACAAUUUUUCCAGGAAAAGGACAAGCGUGUCCAGAACAACGGAGGAGGUGGAUCCAACGCCAGCAUGACCAUGAUGAACAACAAUCCCAACAACAACCCCGAUUUUCGGCACCAGACGCGGCAGAACCGCAUCACGCACACCCAGGUAUUGGAUUCGAUCCUAGUUAGUGGUAGCAACAAAAAUCGGCCACGGCAUAAUAGAAAUAGACGAAUGCGACUGGAUUCUAGAUGAAAUUUAUCAACAUCCACCAUUUCGAUUUCUUUCGUUAUUUUUAUUUAUUCACACACAGUUUCUUCUUCUUGUGUACAUAAACGAGCAAAUCACUCGCUGUAACCCCAAAACAGGACCUGGACGAUUUCGCCAUGCAGAAUUCGAGUUCCAGUCCGGAAGAUGAGCAUCAAGGGCUGCAACUGAAAGAGAAACUGGGGCUGACUCCGCAAAAAAUGGCGGACGCACGGCAAAAGCGAGCAGUCGCACUGAACAGCAAAAUUUUCGUCCAGGGGUUGCAGUCCGAGAUCGACUCGAAAAUCUUGCAGGCGGAGCAAGAGAAGCGCGAAUCAGAGAGUUUCCACAACGCAAAGCUGAAUAAGCUCCGGGCUGACAAGCGGCGGGCGACGGAACUCGAGGGGGCGACGGACUUCCUGACGCACAUGUGCAACGACAAGUUAGACGCGGGAGAUGUGAUCGACCACGGUAUGUGUGUUAAUGUUUGAUGAUGUGCUGUUUGUUUAUUUUCAUAGAUGGCGAAUGCACAUGCAGCUACAUCGUACAUUCACAUGGUAACGAGGAUGCAGAUCAUGCAGGAACGAAGUAAAAGUAAUCACUUUAGCUUCCAGUUUUGUCAUUCGGGUCAGCAGCACCUGCACUACAAGGACGAGGAUGUUGUUGAUGAGGUGCUUUCAAUGUUGUGUCUCGGCCAACAUUAGACAUCAUGAGCAUGACCAUGAGACGAGCAGCUUAUCGUCUGCAUUGUCUGCAACUGCAUUGACGUCCUUGUUCGUCUUAUUAGUUACAUUGUUUACUUUACCGCCUUUCUGUACUGAUACAAACAGUGCGCCUCUCCGGUAAAAAGCGCAGGAGCAGCAGCAUCAACCCCCAUGCGCAUGGUGCGGAUCAGAGCGCCACCCCCGGGGGGACGACCACGACCGCGGGGGCUAGCAACAACUUAUCAAAUGUGCCCCAGCGAGGUGGUUUCGAGUUUAGCAAGCAUUUGUUCUAUUUCCAGAGUAGCGUCCUCGGAAAUGAUAUAAGUAGAUAUAACGAUGAAAUACUUGAUAGUAAUGGCGAUAGCGAUGUAAGUACAUAGAUAUAGGUCUUGGAGAUGCAUGUGGUUAUUGCUGCAUAGGCUAGCAGAUAAAACGUCAAUUCGCAUAUAGGCAGAACUUAGCAAAUUGAUGUAUGUAGGGAUCUGAAAUACAUACAACUGCGAGAAAAAAUGUCCCCUCCCCAUAUCGAAAAGGACAUUUGUGACGCUAGAUUUGCGUACACGCUGGAUUUGCAGUCGUGAAGCUUAAGCUUCGGGAUGAAGCCCUGUCUUCUAUAAUUAGCUGCUCCCUGGUAGGACGAUUGGAGUGAGGGUUUUUCGCAUUUUUGUGUCAAGACAAUGUUGCACGACAUCAAGUACUCUCGUCAUCGUCUUGAUAUACUUGCACUUGGUCCAAUACUUUCUUACUCUCGAAGCCAGACUCGAAACUACAACAUCGCUGCAUUUUUAUUCACAAUACCAGGGCGGGCCCAACGGAGCCUUUGGCGGCGGGGGCCUAUUCGGCAACAACGUGACCGUGCCGUUUGCCGGAGCCGUCCAUCCGCAGGUGCUCUUGCAGCCCAAAAACCACGUCUUUGGCACCUGGAAGUAUGCAGUUUGUCCGGAGUCCACAACUUCUUCGACUCACCUCUGUGGUCUAUCUACUUAUACUUUGCAGUUAUCAUGGCGAGCAUCAUACAUUGUUGCUAUCUACAGAAAGAAAAUGAAAAAGAAACAGCUUGAGCUAGUAUCUUUCACAC